AUGUUCUCCUUAUCCUUCUGCCUCCUUCCGUUGUUUUCUUUCAUACCCAAUGCAGUCUUUGCUCAACUGGAAGGUUGGUUUUUCUUCGCUUUAUUUUAUUGAUAGUCGAGUAAAAUUGGUCAUGAGAAUAACCUUUUUUGCUUAGUAUAGUUUAGUGGAAAGAUGGAGACGAACCAGUUUUCUCAUUAUAACGAUUUGCAUGUAAAACAACGCCUGCGGAUAGUAUUUUGUCACUAAUUAACUUGGCUCUUUUUCGGUUUCGCUUGGCUACUUAAAAAAUCGCUGAGAAAUUGCGGCCGGCAUGUUAGAAAAAUGUAUAACAGUUCCUGUUGUUUUACGGAGAGCGAGCUUUAGCAACUAGGACAAAAGCGAAUAUUACGAAUUAUUCUAGUUUUGCGUUCUUUUAUACUCUAUCGCGAUAUGCUUGAAUUUUCCUGGAGAUGGAUUCUUAAGGACUGUAUCCGAGUUUUUUUUGGAAAGACUAUUAAUUAAGGAAAAUUAGAAGUCAUGUGUGAAUUCACGUCCUCCACAAAAUGUUGUAUUAGGAACGGCUUCACGUCGAAGCCGUGCAUUGGACUUCAGAUUAAGAAGUGUGCCCCAAACUGUGAUGUACGUGCGGAGCUGUAAGUUAUGUUUUCAUUAAAAAAGAUGUUUUCAGACCUUCGAUCGUUGCCGCCGUCGUCGAGUGGCUGCUUCAAACGUAAUAAGUCUUAUUCAGUUUUAAAGCUCACAAAAAGUAUGAUUUAAAGAACUGCAUGGCUUUAAAAGUCAUAAAUGUUAAAUAGCUGUAGAACUGCCAGAAAAAUCCCUAAUUCGAUGAAGAGGAUAAUUCCACAUUUUUCUUCCCCUGACCUCUAGGCUUUACUUUAGCGGACUUUUUUUACUUCCAGUUUACUUAACGGGUUCCUUUUAAAAACCAUUCAUAAAGCCUGGAACUCCCUAAAUUAACAGAUUUCUUAUAUGCACGACCCAUGCAUUCUAAAAACUUAUAUUAAACCCCUCUCUCUUUCUCUUCAGAGUUUACCACCAUGUAUCAUCACAGUCUUCGUCAAGAUGUUUUUAUAAAGGACGAGUACCAUUACUUAAACGUUCCUACAGUUGGAACAUUCACAGUGUAUGACAGCCUUGACUGCACCUUUGAAUGCCUCGGUAAUCCUUCCUGUUUGUCCUUCAACCUGGCAGCUUACAAAGGAGCAGAUGGAAAGUUACGGUGUGAGUUGUUGUCCUCAGAAAAGUUCAGCAAUCCUGAGGAAUAUAAAAGGAACGAGAGUUUUGAUCACUUUUCCAUCAAGGUGGGGUUAUUUCUUUGUAUAGAGUUUAAAGUAAGAUAUCUUUUUAUAUCCCAAUCUAUGCGAUUUUUAAAUAACGUGUCACUAAAUUAAACACGAACCGGCGUAAAAGUGACUGUCACCAUAACACGUCGGAAUUACUCAUUCGAAUGCCACUUUUAAUUCUCCUUAAUAUUUUCUUACUUCAACACUUUCACGCGGAACAAAAUUACCUUAACAAAAUGGCAGUUGACAUCAAAAUUUUUUAUAAUUAUUUCAGACUCCAUGUAUGUCAUCACCUUGCCAGAACGGAGGUACCUGUGUAGCGAACUACAAGUAUCACUCGUUUGACUGCCGUUGCGAAGCAGGUUUUUUCGGAGAAUUUUGCGAAAAAGGUAAUUGUCGUGCUUAACUCAAUUCAGACCGGGGCAGCCUUGGAAAAAAAGUUGAAUAACUUGAAAGACGUUCAAGCUAGGACCACCAAACUUUGCAGCUUUUCCUUAAAUUUAUCAGGAAACAUUUUUAAGUCAUUGUGACGGGUAGGUCAACAUUGAUGUUACCAUGGCAACCGAGAUUUGACAGCCUGGUUCUUCAAAAUUUGCAUUUCUCCAAAAUAUAGGUUUUGUUUCUAUUUUUACUGAUUGAAUUGUUAUAUUGCACCAGAAAUGGCGUCAGACUACGUCAUUGUGUCAAUCAACUUAUGAACAGAAGUUGGAAAUGAUGAGGAAAUUGUUGUGUGUAAUUUUAGUGGCCAUAGACUGAGUUGUUUUGAAGUUCUCGAGGGGACCUCCUAAGUCCCCUCCAGUCGCAGGAAGCAAAAAAAAGCCCGGUCCGAAUGGGGACAAAGACAGAGCCUUUAUGCAAAGUCGGUUAAGUCCUUAUAAACCAUAUUUUUAUCUUAGUUUAGUUAGUUUGGUCUAAAUACAAAAACAAAACGCGUGACUAAUAACCUGGUUUUUGAGAACCUGUUAGGCUGAAAUUUGUUAUAGUUAGGCCCCCUCUAUACAAGAAGCUGUUCAGCCUAAAAUUUGAAACAGGUUUUUAUUUCCUAAAAUCUUUUUCAAAAAUUGGUAUACUUGGGCAAAUUCUAUAAGUCAACAUUCAGGAUCCUUUUUGGAGACAUACCAGUUGCCUUAUUACUCCACCUGCAAUUGUAAUGGUAUACAGGUUUAACCUAAGGAAUUAGCUGAAUACCACUAAAUAGCUUAAUUUUCGCUUCAAUGUAUUUUUUCUUCAGUAAAUAAGAACCUGUUUAAGAGAACCGAAAUAUAGCCUAAAUUUGUGCUAAUUAUCAUAUGUAAGAACCUGUUUAGGCUAGCUUGGGAAAAUGCAGAUUCUUAGAUGCGGGCUUUUACUAAAACUGACACUGUCUCCUUAAACGUCGAUGCCGCAGGCGUGAGAAGCCGUAUAUUUAUUGUCAAGUGUACAAAAAAACUCAGAAGUCGCCCUUUGGCGUCUUAUUCACCUGAUUUGGUAAAUUGGGAAGAUUAAAACUUGUUUCAUGACGGUCAUUAAUUGUCAGAAGUGGAUCUCUCUAAAAAUGAUUUGCUCAACGCAUUUGCCCCUGGAAACGAAUUCGUCAGAUACAAACAAGCAAAGUUAAGACAAAAUUUUAAAACUUUUAUUUUUUAAAAAAACAUUGAACUUCAUCUUUCGCUUUCCCCCCUUUCCGCUUCUUUUUCUCUCUCUCGUCCCCCUACCCCCAACCAUUUUUUCUUUGUUGGCUGGCCAUUCACUUGGCUUAAUUUCGGCGCAAAAAUAUUCCUCCUGCACACAAGUCUCGCGUCAAAGUUGGGUAUAACCUUCGUGUAGACGUUUUCUAUCCCGUUUGUUGCAUGCGUGCAACAACAGAAAUAGAAGACGUCUGCAUGCAGGUGGUUAAAUUGGCCAAUGACCAUUAAAAUUGAUGACGUCACAAGUGGUGCGAGGAGCGUGGUCCGACACGGGCAGUUACGGGUAGUUCAGGUGUAAGUUUGCUAAUCUUAUUUGGAUUUUCUUUUCCUGUCUUCCCCUUACCUAUCCGUCCGUGAUAAAGUGAGAGAAAUAAGUUGAGUUAAAUACGUUAACUACUUCAAUCUUUUUUUUCAGUUGCAAAGUCAUGCCAAGACGUUUAUAAUCAGCUCGCAGAAAAGUGAGUAAACCAAUGCAUAGUAAUUUAAUUAGGAUUAUAUGGUCAGUAAGUUCGGGGGAACAUUCGGAGUUGUCAGUACUGUGCAGUUAACCGCAAUUAUGAGCCACAGAACAGCCAAAAAUCAUUCGUUAAUCCUCAAAAAUAGAGACACAAUUUGCGUUGCAGUGAAUGUCGAUAUCACUUGUAUCACUUGUAUCGUGGCUGAUGGACUCUAUUUCAGCCUUUGUUCUCCACCCUGGAGUCUUAAUUUUAUUAGAAGCCUAAAUCGACGCAAAAUCUGUUGAAUCUUUUAAAACAAAUGCCUGAGUUCGUAUUAUUCAGAUAGUAUAAACCAUCAACUAUGAACACCAGUAUCCACUGAAGGCCCUCCAGUAAAAAAGUUGUUGAUGAAAUGCAGUGGAACCCCGCCCUUCUGCUUCAGUACGAACACCCGUAUAAAACGAACGGUUCGUUUGUACCGACGAAAAGUUCACAUAUUUGCUCAUAAGUUAGCUUGGUUAAUACGGAAAACAAACACUUUUCUGUGUCCUGAGUCACAAACCCUCAUAUCAAUUAUCGUCAACUCGCCCAGGGGAUACUCAAUAAAUUUCCAUACGGGGAGGCUCAGCCUCGACGUCCAACUCAUUUGGGGGAACGUGUUACCUUUUUACACAUCAUUUUUGACAGAAAAGGUACUUUUUUCCUAUAUCGGCCAUUCCAUUCAUCUCUUGAACGAGGGGUUAAGGCAUUUUAAAAACGGCUAACAUACAAGGGUCAAACAUGGGAAGAAAGACUGCAGCCUAAUCAAAAUCAAACUUGUCACGCUAUUUUGCAUAUUUAUUUUUGUUUUUCACGGGCGUAGCGUCCUUUACGCAAAUACGCAUGCGCGUACUUGAGAAAUUGAUAAGAUUUUUUUUAAAGGUUUUCUGAGUGUCGACGUGACUUGACUUUGUACAUGUAUUGUGCAGAUUUUUUCCUGUCUGUCUCUCUGUUAUUCAGCAUCCUCUUUUAAUACACGUAAACACAAUAGUUUGAGUAGUGGAAUGUAAUAAAUUCGAAACAUUCUUGAAUAAAUUUUGCCUUCAGGCGAUCCCACAAUAUAUUGCUUAUUCAUGAAAAUCGGAAACUGAAAAUCGACCAUGACUGACCAAUCAUUCCUUUUAAGAUUUAUCUGAAAGGUUUUCCUAUUCAAGUGCUUUUUCAUUUUUUUAGUUUUCUCUCUCUCCCCAUGAAUGUCGAAAAAGUCUAUCAAAGACUACUUUGAUGUCCUCAACUGGAACGUCAUGGACCAAACCAUGCCGACGAUAACCCACGUAAGCAGGUGCACGUUUGGCGCGGUAUCAACAAGAAUUUUGCAAGAAAUUUACUCCUAGCGAACAGACGUAGUAUUUGUUUCCAGUGAAAAUUUUUUACAAAAAAUGCGCCUCGCUUUGUGCUGUUAAAUAUUCCUGUACCAGCUCAAAGAAGGACGUUUUAGAAGCUUUUUUUUGAAAUCACGUUUUAUUGUAAAUAAGCCUGUAAGCUGGUAGUUAUGGAUUAAAGGAAAUCAAAAACGUUAUUUUGUACGAGGUUUUUAAAACCAUAUGGACCCGUGUACGUGCUUGUCAAAAUGUCCACGCUACACCCCUGUUUUUAGUAAUAAAAUCGUGUUAACCCACAGAAAUCUGUAAUUAUUUGAACAGGGUUCAUUGUAUGCAAUUAGUGCAUGAUUGUGACAAGGAAAUAGACAGUGUGAAGCGAGUUGGCCAGUGGUCACCAGUGUCCAUAACGCUUGGGUUGACGAUAAAUGAGCUUCUCUGACUUAAUGAGUCAUAGAAAAGUGUCCGUUUGUCGUAUUAACCGCCGUGUCCGUUUUAAACGGGUUGGAGAAAAUAUGUGAGCAUCAAUAAGCAUGCAAAAUUACAGGAUGGCUUACACCUUCUGAGUAGUUGUCAAAAACAGCUAGUCCAAGUCUUAAAGAUAGUUCGCAGGUAAAAUAGAGGCGUGAACUGCAUCUCGCCUUUCUUGUACUUUGCCGGCAGAUGAGAAAAACAACAUCAUGUCACCAUUUUCGUUUCGUUCGCCCCAUAUAUAUGUAGAGUCCUUAAGUGUAACGUCAUAAAAAAACUAUGGAAUUUGUUGGGAUAUUUUGAAUAAACAACAUCUGAGUUGCAGGGUUGAGUUGCUUUUACAAGAGCAACUUUAGUUGUACUUUGUCGUAGCGAGAACGGUACAGCCGUUCUGCCUAUUGUGUUUUGAACUUGAACAUAAAUACCCACGUGGCGGAUCGAAAUUCUUGUUUUCCUAUUGGCUACUGAACGUAACCAACUUACGGAUUGUGUAUUUCGAUUCUCUUCUGCUUCAAGCUAAAGGUGUGUUUUUUUGGAAAGCAUUUAGAGAAAAUUUCAGCACUUUAUUUUAUGGAAGAGUUCGAAGACUCAGGUUAAUAAAUGCGCACAGAGUUUCCGUACACUCCCUCUAAAAACUUAGGUGCGCAAUGUUGAACUUUCUACUGUGUGUUUGGUUCUUUUUAGUGCGUGUGUUGAUUUUCAUAAGGUAAAACGGGGCCUCCCCGUAAAAAAAUCCAUAGCAAUAGAAGGGGGUGGUAGGCCUACACGACUUUUACCUCAUGCCAAAAUGCUGCUUAUUCCAAAACGGGGACUACCCGUAAAAAAAUCCAUAGUGCCAACCUAGACUGCGAACAAUCUCUUAUUUUUUUUUGCAAAGUUACUGCACGCGAAACCUAAGCACGCGAGCAGCGAGAAACGAGGACAUAAGCCCAAGAAGAAAAAAUAAGAGACUGCUGACUCUUUUGUUUUGUCUGGGGACAAAGAAGCUGUCGAGGUGAUUUAAUUAAUCAAUUAAACCCGAAUAACUUGUCUCAAUCCCUUAUUGUAGUAAUAAAGUCGUGGUUAGCAAUCGCGCUGGAUGACAUAAGAACUAUACGGAUUUUAAGAGAAAAGGCGGACUGCAAGCAGUCUAGUGCCAACCUGCAGGAUUUUUUUUUAUAUUUCUGGCGUUCCGAUGGGACGAUGAUAUAAGGGCAGCUUUUAUACCAAAAUUACUGGCAAGAAUUGCAAUAAAUCAUUUGUAAAUAUUGUUUUUAUUCGAGGACAGCAUUUACUAGUAAUCAUGUUUGCUUCUAUCUGCGGCUUUAAAUCGAGGGCGGCCAUGGUUUAAUUAAGUAGAUACCGUAAAAUUCCGAAAAUAAGCCCUGGGGCUUAUAUUUUUCAAAGGCCCUUUUUGACGGGCUUAUUCUUGGAGGGGCUUAUAUUCGGGGGGUCUUAUCUACGGAGGGAAAUUUGCGUUUCAAAACCGAUUGGGUUAGCCUCAUAGUUGGAAGUAAAUUUACCGUUUUUGCUUUGUUUUACUUUGUAUUUGAGAGCAAUUUUCCAAGUACAAGCCCCCAGGGGACUUAUAUUUGGGAGGCGAUUUAACGGGGGUUUUUUUGCGUUACCAGUUUGGGGCCUUAUAUUUGAGGGGCUUAUACAUGGAGGGGCUUAUUUUCGGAAUUUCACGGUAUGAUUCUCUUCAAUCGUUGCCGGCCUCCCCCCCCCGGCCAAAAAAAAAAUUAGUUAAAAACCAAAACAUUUGGGAGAUUUAAAAAUUAUAAAAUUUACGUAAGAAUGACGUCAGCAAACAUGACGUCAUAACUGAAUAUUUUGAGACAUGCUGGUAACUAAUUUGAGUGGCCUGACAUUUUGCAUUUUCAACUUUCGUGAAAAACGCUAAAAGGUCCACAAAGUUAUUGUAAAAUAACUCCCAGUAACGUGAUGAGGAACCUGACAAGAAAUUUAGAUUUGACUCAAUCUGUAUUGAAUUCGAUGAAAAAGCGAACGUUUUUUUAACAACCAGUUAAGGCACGUUCCAUUUGUUUCUCCAACUGUUAAGAGCCGUGGCAAAAUUAAAAUGAGAUUUCAUUUUGUACAGGUUGAACGUGACUCAGUUCGUCACUCUUCUCCUUGACUCCAAACUAGUUUCAGUUCUCUGUCACUUUGGCAAUUUUGGGUGCGGAGAUGGAGGAUGGACACCGGUCAUGAAGAUGGACGGCAGCAAGGUAAAACAUGUGUAUUCGGCAACGAGAGUGAAAAAAAUGUAUUAUAAUUAAAUACAGGUUUGCUUAUGUCAGCGGUAAUUUUCCAUUAUCCUAACCUGCGAAUACAGCCAUUUCUCCUUGUUCCUCGCCGUUGAGGAUGUUUCGCCAGGAGGAACGUCUGCGCCUCAGCGACAGAAAUUCCAUGCUGAUGACGUAAAAACUGUCCCGAUUCUGGUCAGGAGCUCUGAUUAGUCGACAUAGUAGUUACAUUGUUUUACAUAUUGUUUUCGAAUGACAGACAAAGACAAAAAGCCACAAAGGCCAAAUGUAAACGGGGUUGUAAACGUGGGUGUAUCCGCCACUACAAAAAACUGUCAAUAUUCCUGGAAUAUAUUCUUCUCUAGAAAAGCAUCUGAGUUUUGCUGGAGCUCAUUCGCAAUAGAACACAAAACUUUACCAUAACCGACCAGGAGAAACAUAAAUUCACUUGGUACCCACUGACUACAUCAUGUAAACAUUGAUUUACGUCAUCAAUAUGGAAUUUCUGUCGCUGAGGCGCAGACGCUCUACCUGGCGAAACGUCCCUAGCGAUGAAGAGCAAGGAGAAACGGCUGUAUUCGCAGGCUACAAUUAUCCCGAAAAAUGUGACAGAGCAUCUUGGCUAUUAAAGAAAAGCAAUAAACUACGCAUUUCGAAUGGGAAAACGGAUGAAUGAAAAAGCAUGCUUUACACUUUAUCUCUCGAAUAUUUCCUAGUAUUCACUUUACUAGACGAGUGAGCGGAAAUGAACAAAGUUUAGGGAGUCGAUUAUCAUGUAAAACCGACGUAGUUACGUACACUCCCCUGUUUGCAGAUUCACGUCGCUGAGUACAGUUGAACCUUCCCUGAAGGGCACUGACCUCCUGUGUCCGGCUUACACUCAGUAGAUGAUGGGAGUCACUGUGUCUUUCUUCUUUUCUCAAAUUAUAAUGAGCUUUUUUCUGUUAAGAAAAGCUCGUGCCCAAGGACAACAUUGUUGCCAAAUGGCGUCCCCAAAAACGCCAGUUUCAUUUUCUAGACACAAUUUGUUGUAUAAAAUUAUAAACUUUCAACAGGGUUGGAUCCUACUUUCAGAACGUUCAGCAAAUUAAAGUGAAAUUUACAGCAGCCUCGACCUUAUCAUACAAUCGAACCUCCCGUAAGUGACCACCCAAAAUGCACAGGCUUGGUGGUCGCUAACGAGAGUCAACCUAGAAUGGAGUGGUGUAUUUAUUAUAAAAAAAAUAAUGAAAGUUUACUUUCCCCUGCCAAUUACUAGCUAAUAGGUUUUAUUGACAAGAUCAUUUAGCUAUUCUAUGUGACAGUUCAUUUGCGGAAGUGCACUUAAUUAGAUAACGCGCGUUAUAAAUUUGGGGUUAGAAAAUUUUACUUGUGUACGUGACUUCUUGUACAGAAAUGUCCCUGAAACGUCUGACAAACAAAAACUUAACUUCUUAAACUGAAACCUAGAAAUCUGAGUCUUUUUCUCAAGGGUAAUGGUUAAUAUUGUAGUUAUAAAUCGAACUACUAAACACAGUCAUAGAUGUGUAGACAUUAUGACAGCUAAAGAAUAAAUGCUUUUUUGUCCAUUUUACCGUGAUGUACUUCACUGUUUGGUAAGACCAUGUGUCAAGUGGUCGCUUACCGGAGGUUGAAAACAAUAGAAAAUUCUAAAACUGUCAGCCGAAAUAGUGGUCGGGGUCGCUUGCGGGAGGAGGUCGUUUACCAGAGGUUCCAGUAUGAGGCUUUGACUGAGGACAUUUUUGGUGUUUUGGGAAGGUGGUCGCAUGCGGGGGUUCGACUGUAUUUGAAAAUCUCUCGCCCCAUUCUUUCUAGUAUGUGAGUAACCCAAAAUUUCACACAGCAAGAGCCUCAAACGAUGACUCCUUUUGAUUUAACGUUCGAUCUGAAGAAAUCUGAUCAUGUGAUUAUUAGACAAACCACAGCAGAAUAAUAAUAAUAAUAUGAUUAAAAGCAGUGUCACUCUAUUUCUCCUAUCCAGAAGACAACCUCGUUCCCAGGGUCCUCUCGUACUCCCACCAGGGGAAGAGUAGGUGUGGAGCCUGGGAACGAGGAUAGGCGAAUUAACAAAUCAUGCUUAAAUCUAAUCAAUCUUGACCUAUGAUAGAGACUGUUUUUUUGUCAUAAAUUUUAUCACAGCAAACGUUUCACUACGACUCCAGUCUCUGGAGAAACAAAGAAGCCUUUAAACUUGACGGAGGGAGGACUGGGUUUGACUCACAGGAGACUAAACUUCCCUCCUACUGGAACGCAUCCUUUUCCAAGAUCUGCCUUGGUAUAAAGAUCAACAACCAGAUCAAGUUUAUUGUCAUCAACAAGCAGGCGAACUCCUUGUACUCUCUGAUCGCUGAUGGGCUACACCGCAGCACCUCACUGGGUCGUGACACGUGGAAGUCGCUGAUUGGCUCCGAGGCCUCCUUGCAGAUUGGUUGUAACAGGGAAGGAUUUAAUGCCAAGAGUGACGAGCAGUCUUUAGGUAAAGACCUGGCUAAAGCAAGAAUCGGUAUCAUUGGUAAUGAAAUAAACGUUUGUAGUCAAUGUGACUCCAGAAUUGGGUUUGGUACUGGAGGGCUCCAUGAUGACAGCAAUACAUGUGGGAAUGAGAAUGCUGAAACCGGAAAGCAUACAAAGGGACUAGGUUACAUCCUAGUACAGUGAGACGGUAGUACCAAGUUCACUCUAAAAAGCUUAAAGUCCUUUGAAAAUCAUGUUAACUUAGCAAUUUUGGCAGUCGACUCUUGUCUUUAUGAUAACUGGCCACCGAUGCCUCGUUUAAAUAAAAGUAAAUAAAUUUUUUAGUUCUGCAGACGCAAUCGUAGCAAAGAGGACUAUAUAUAUAUCUUUGCUUAACAUGUGCAUCAGUUAUUAAUACCGUAAAUCACAAUAGAUAACAAUGGAUAAGUGUAGUGUUUUUCAUUAGGGCACUGAGCAAAUGGUAUGACAAAACAGGUUGAGCAAGUUAAGCUCUGCUAAGUUUCCUUGCCCCAGAAAGAAUUAUAAUAGGGUCUGGAAUGGAAGGGGGGUCUGGAUCACGAAUCACGGGUUAAAUUUCGGUACAUUCACGAAUCACGUUACCUUUUAGAGUCCGUCACGAAUCACGAACUGAUCAAGUCUAUCAAUGACCGCUUAGUGUGGUUGCUGGACUUGAACUACUGUAUUGGCAAGAGUUGGUCUGAAAUGACCCCGGGUUGCAAUUGUUGGAAGGAAACAAAAAGUAUGUAUGGUGAUCAAACUGACGAUUCUAUACUUGUCUGUUUGAGCGAAUAAAGGAAGACAAAAUUGAAUCUAUUCUUUAUUUUAGUGCGAUUUAAUUGUUAUAAUAAUGCUAAUAAGACUUUCGCUUAUUUUUAUUUUUUUUAUCUCCUUCCUCUAACAUCGCAAAACUGUUAUAAUAGACUUUACUCAAGAUGCUCGGCAUCUUUUUGCAAAGCGCUUUAAUUUAGGAUUGUUGGGUUAAAAGCCAUGCUACGUGGUAUUUCAAACAAGUGAAACAUUUUGUCAAUACGAGUAAUCGCGGUCAAAAGCGACGCGAACAUUCUAGCCUUGAAAAAUGCAUGAUUAGAAAUUCGACAAGUUUUACAGCAUCAUAACAUUAACCUCACAUAAGAAUCUAAAGGAUAGUUUAAACUGUUGUUAUAAUUUAAACAUGGCUUGUAUUGUUGCACAGUAAAAAAAAAAAAACUUGGAAAUGUGACAUUUCUGUUUCUUUUUCUUUCCGAUUCUGUAACCCUAACAUUAUGAAGCAAAACUUUUAUGGAAUCUAUCAUCCUGUGGCAAAAGAGCUUCCUCUAGUCAUGUCCAAUACUACCGCACCAUUACGGACCGUUAAUCAGGGGCACCCAACGUCAAUUUUUGUAAAAUAACUGUUCGGAAGACGAUUUGAGAUCUAGAAUUUUCGGAACAUUUCUUGUAAAAUUUCUUGCCUGCCUGCCUCUUCUAGGAUUUUCGAACAUCUAAAAAAUGGUAUGAUUACCCUUCUUUAAGGGAUUUUUAUCCUCAAAAGGUCACCUAGAAUUUUCGGGAGCCUUUUUUCUGGCUGAAAUUUUCGAAAAGGUAAGUCUUGAUCACUAUAAUUUUCGGAUCACUAUAGACUUUCAGCUAGGAAAUCCGAACAGAUUAAAAUUUUUAGGGGAUAAAAAUAUAUCUACCAUUUAAAUACUAAAAUACAUUCAACAAUGCUAUGUUUAAGUGGUUUUGCACUAUAUUCUCGUUGGGUGCCCCUGCGUUAAUGAAGAGCAGUUGACGGAUCGUACGCUCCGGUCCGUAUAAACCAAGAAAGCACUUUUCAAGAAGUUGCUUUGUAAUUAGAAUAUUCAUACCGGAGGAUGGGUUGCAAGAAACCUUUCAUGCGCGAUUUCCGGUUACGGUCAAGUCAUAAUUGUGACUACGCUAUAACUUGAGGUUUUGCUCGAGGCUUCGCCACUCGUGGUUUCGGCCUUUUGCCGUAGAUGACACCGAAAUAUUCUUCCGCACGCGCGGUUGUCGUGUUGACGUGGCAUAACCAUAUACCCAUACGAGUGGAUCUGUAUGGCUGUUCUGCCUCCCAACUAAAAGUUCACUGAAAAUUUACCGAAUAUAAUAUAGAGCUAGGCUGUGAGAGUAGAGGGAACCGAUUUUUUAGCGCCCUCGUUUGUUUCGCUUACUCUUUGUGGAGAAAGUAAGAGUUGAAGACUGUAGUUUCAAGAUCAUUUAUGUAAGUACCACUAGCAGUAACCAAUGGUUAAGAAGUGCGGGCGAGCAUUUGAGUUUACCUUAUAUGACUGAUGUUGAGAACGGCUUUUAUAAUAAGUAAAUAGUAGAUCAUCCAAGCGUGAAUAAGAGAUUUAGCUCUUUUUGUUCCAGAGGAAAUUGUCACCGGAUCAUGAACGUGGAAAUUGAAUUAAACAACACCAGUUGACCAGACACAGAUUUGAUUUGACCAUUUUAUUCAAAAGGACAAUCGGCCAUUUUAAAAGUGUGGUUUUAAUUAGAGUCCUAGCCUUUGAGUGGGUACAAAAACAUUCCAAGAAUGUGGACAGAUUUUACUAAAACCUUCAUAUACAAAUUUAGAAAAUGCCGGUGACCACCCUUCAAAAAUACGUCCGCGGGCCUGCUGUUGCUCGCCCGCAAUAAAUCCCGUCGGCUUUCCACCCUUAUGAUGCGAAAAAAAAAAAAAAUAAAUAACAACAAUUGUUGUCAUCAUUAUCAUCAUAACAAUUAAGUAUUUGUAUAUCAUGCACUAUUCGUGAGAAUUAAACAUCAUGCAAACAACUUCAAAGAGCUCUAGACCCAGCCUUACAAAACACAGCAGGAUAACAGGACCCAAUCAUCACAUUGGCGGACUCCAGACCCAAACGGCAUUUCGAACAUAAGCACGUUUAAAGUGAAUGAGCUAUUGAAUGCGUCAGUGUUACCUUAUCAAGAAUCUACUCUUGUUUAAUUUUGUAUAUAAACAUGAUGAAUGUUAUUAUACAAAAUAAUUAUAGUGGCUGAAACGAGAAACACUGGGCACAGAUGAUUUACCCUUGUACACGCUCAAACUGAGGUCCGAUUUCGUCUCUUGUUAAUUGUCUUGCUUAAUACAGUCGUGAACGGUAUGUUUCGAUUGCUUUUUGUAAAUUUCGAUUUUUCUUACUGUCGUUCAUAUAACUUUACCCUAAAAAACUCGGCUUUAUCUAAGGUUGAACUUUGCGUUACUACGUUAGUAUACUUUCCCAUGGGAUAUUUUCAGUCGUUGUAAAUGUCAUUUGCUAUUUAAUAAAUGCAUUUGAAUGAUGAUACGAAUAUAUUCGCUUGUGAUUGGUGUAUUGACGGUAUUAUAACCGCAAACAAGCAUGCUUGAAAAUGUUGUUUUGAUUUGUGGGCACUAUUAAUCUUUAGGGUAACAUAGUAAGCUUUUUAUCUUCAUAUUGUCUUUUUCCUCUGUUGCUAGUUAUUUUAGCAAGAGCCUGGCCAUGAAAAGUAUUUUCAGGUAAUGCGUCUUAAAUUCAGUUGGGAGUGAUCAAGUCAGAGCGCACUAGAGAUUCGACUCUGACGGUCUUGAAAUAACAGAACUUAGGAGAACAAGAAGCUACCUGAGCAGUAGCGUUUUGCACAGCUGUCAAAUUACGUGCUAAGUAAGCCAUAUGGUAACGAGUCAGGGGCACCCAACGAGAGUAUAGCUCAAAACCACUUAAACAUAGCAUUGUUGAACGUUUUUUAGUAUUUAAACGGUAGAUAUAGGCAUAUUUUGAUCCCCUAAAAAUUUUUCAUCUGUUCGGAUUUCCUAGCUGAAAGUCUAGUGAUCCGAAAAUUAUAGGGAUCAAAACUUACGUUUACAUUUUCGAAAAUUUCAGCCAGGAAAAGGCUACCAAAAAUUCUAGGUGACCUUUUUAGGGUAAAAAUCCGUUAAAAAUGGACAAUUAUACCAUUUUUUAGAUGUUCGAAAAUCCUAGGAGGGGCAGGUAAGCAAGAAAUUUUACAACAAAUGUUCCGAAAAUUCUAGAUCUCAAAUCGUCUUCCAAACAGAUAUUUUUCCGAAAAUUUACGUUGGGUGCCCCUGACGAGUAAGCAACACCGUACGAAUUCAGAAUCGAAGCAGGGACACAUUUUCUGGCACGAUCGCUUACUUAAUUUUAACGGCCUAUAAGAAUUAUCUAAUCGCUGAAUUUCAACAGAGUAAAAUUCAAGUUAUUGAACGAUACAUUCUAAUCGGGCCUUUUAAGAAGGCUGAAAAAGAUAUAUAAGUAAAUGCUUUUUUGAGAAUUCUUUGAUCUUUGAUCACAUAGCAUUAUUUCACUUACUCGUCAACGCUAAGCUAGUAUACUGGUUCGCUCAGGGUCUGCAUUCGUGUGGAUCGAUACAUUUUAUGAUCUUUUAUGCAAUUUUUUACAUAAAGUUCAUCAGUUGCCUCAGAUGACCAAACCAUUAUAGUAAAACUGAUUAAGUUUUAACUAAGACUUAAUCUCUCACGCAGACAUUCUUAGGGCUUCGUGUUCCGGAUCCUCAGUGCCCCCGGCCAAGUGUGGAAGCCGGCCAGAGCAGGUGUGAGGAAGCCCAAAGAACGUCUGCGUGGAAGGACAGUGCGUUUUGACUUCCUUUUUCUUUUGCAAUUGGUUUUCUUCUGAUAAUAUUUAUCAUGAAAAACAUGUGAAUUGUCUUAAGAAAUCAAUCAAAGUAUAAUGACGUUGGAUGUUUUAAAAAGGCAAAGCAUAAAUUUCGAAUUCGCGAGCCAAAAAACACUUCGUCACAACUCGAGUUAAAAUUACAUACGUGUAAGACGCAAUGUCCAGAAAAAAGCCUCUUCUUGUAACUACUGACCUGCUCAUUGAUAAAUAUCGCUAUUUCUUAUUCAGUGAGCACGAUUUUAAAAACAUAUGUUUUUUUCCUUGGUGAUAUAUGGUAUAUUCCCUCUUAUAGUCACACGAAAUUGGCUUAUUAACGGAUGAAGGCAAGCAAGCACUUCUAGAAAUUAAUUGUUUUCGUGGGUGGACAGAAAUUUUGUCCUCUAUAUAUUGCUAUUGUCGACAUCUGUACAGUUGUAGAUAAUUGUUUUCAGCGCUAAUAACUACAAACUACGCCCCGCAUUUAGAAAGGAAAAAAAUCAAAAUGUGUCGCAUUUCGAGUUUACGUGAAAUAGGUUUGGAGAUGUUGGUAUUAAGUUUUAAUACCCAUACCAGCUUGUGAUUGUCACACGGCAUGUCUAAAAACCAGCUUGCUGAACCAUUUACCGUGUUUAAAUAAAGUUGAUUGAUUGAUUGAUUGAUUGAAAGUUUCUCUAUUAACUCUUUCCUUUAAUCGCCGAGUAAUAAACAAAUAAAUUGUCAAGAGCUAAAAUUCAGCUGGGUAUUGUCAUAACACUGAGCUUAAAAGUUGUGAAUAUAACUGACUUCUAUUCAGCUGUUCUCUUUUUAAUGACACUUCCUUUUUAACGACAGAAAUGAAUUAAUAGAGCUGAAAAACAACACCAUCUGAGCUUAUAAGUUACUGCAUAUAACUUUCUAUAUAGUGGUCGUCUUUUAUCUCUUAUCUUUUACAGUCAAACCAGGUCAAGCGUUCCCGUCGCUAACGAACUAAUGAAUUCAUUAACGAAAAAAUGAUUUCGUUUGUUGACUCAAUAAUCCAUUCAUAAAAUGAACAAUCCAAUAUUCAUAUUUCGCCUCGAUUCCAUAAUCGAAUGUUGAUUCAAUUACUGUUUUUUGAAAAACUGCAGUUUCCACAAGUCGACCUCAGAAUUUUGUUUUUCUUCUUUUUUACUAAGAGACCUAAGAGUCGAGUGCGGGCGAGUUCUUAAGUUCAAACCCAAACAAACUGUUCCACGUACGCCAUUUUGCUGCCAGUAAUCAGUGCAACAGACCUGACCUCUUAGAAAACACGACGGUCAAACUGAGGUCACUGUAUGAGCGGUGAUUGGUGGAUUUCGAUCCUCGGCCUUUGUCAGUUUCUUUGCGUUUGCGGUCUGUCUAUUCUAGCUGUUAUUUUGAUUAAAGGCAAUGAAAAACGCAACCGUUAACCGCAGGAAAAGGGAAGCUAAAUACGAUUGAACACAACAGACGAGAAUAAAGAACAGGUAGAUUUUGUUCAUAAACCAAAUCAAUAUUUCAUUAUUGAAUCGAGGUCCAAUUUGACUGUUGGAUUAUUCAUUUUAUGAAUGGAUUAUUGAAUCAACAAACGAAAUCAUUUUUGCAUUAAUGAAUUCAUUAGUUUGUUAGCGACGGGAACGCUUGACCUGGUUUGACUGUAACGUCAAUGAAUGUAUUAACAAAGCUACAAAUAAGCCCAGGGAUCAAUUUAAUAGAACUUUUAUACGUGCAAUUUACAAGUGUAGCGCUGCCAUUGUUUUAGAGUCUGAGAACAAUGGCUAUAACUUACAGUCAAACCAGGUGAAGUGUUCCCGUCGCUAACGAACUAAUAAAUUCAUUAACGGAAAAAUGAUUUCGUUUAUUGAUUCAAUAAUCCAUUCAUAAAAUGAACAAUCCAAUAUUCAUAUUUAGCCUCGAUUCCAUAAUCGAAUGUUGAUUCGAUUACUGUUUUUUGAAAAACUACACUUUUUUUUCUCCUUUUUUUCUAAGAGUCGGGUUCGGGCGAGUUCUGAAAUUCAAACCCAAACAAACUGUUACAUGUACGUCUUUUUGGGCGCUUUCCAUUUACGAAAAAAACCCGGAAAUUUCGGUGGUAGCAAAAGUGGAAUUUCCGAUUGGUAAAAAGUUGUUCCAUUUGGUCGUAAACCCCGGUACGUGGCCGGGUGCCCGACCGUGGACCUGGAACUGGUACAAACUACAAGAAACGUCAAUGGAACACGACAUUCCGUUCGGAAAUUCCAACCGGGAAAACGGGACCACCUUUUUAGAUUUUCCACUUUUUCUGGGAAUUUUCCAGUGGGACGAACCGACGAAACGUGUUCCAUUUACCGCCGAACCGGAAAUUCCGGAAAUUUUGACUAAAUGGAAAGCGCCCUUUGUUUCCAGUAAUCACUGCAACGGACCUGACCUCUUAGGAAACACGAUAGUGAAACUAAGGUCAGUGUAUGUGCGGUGAUUGGUGGAUUUCGAUCCCCGGCCUUUGUCAGUUUCUUUGCGUUUGCGGUCUGUCUCUUCUAGCUGUUAUUUUGAUUAAAGGCAAUUACAAUCGUGAACGGCAGGAAAAGGGAAGCAAAUAAGAUUGAACUCAACAGACAAGAAUAAAGAACAGGUAGAUUUUGUUCAUAAACCAAAUCAACCUUUAAUUAUUGAAUCGAGGUCCAAUUUGACUGUUGGAUUAUUCAUUUUAUGAAUGGACUAUUGAAUCAACAAACGAAAUCAUUUUUCCAUUAAUGAAUUCAUUAGUUUGCCAGUGACGGGAACGCUUGACCUGGUUUGACUGUAACACUCAUAACUGGGCAAACAUUAAGAUAAAUAUUUACCAAAUCAACAUUGCCCGACAACCGCAGACUCAUAUUCAGAAAAUAGAUGUGAUAUAUAUUAAAAUUUGAAUAUACUCAAAGAAGUAUAAGCCUAAAUACAAAAAUGUUUAAUGCCUUGUUCGGUAGUCUAAUAAAUAUCUGGUAUACAUUCAAAAUUUUUAAAAGUUGCAUUAGAGAUGGUCAAGCCGUACUUAGAUCUGCGGUUCUAGAUUUCUCUAGUUAGGUUGCAUGAAAAUUUACUGCAGCUGUCAUUUUGUCUAUUUAAAUGUGUCAAGAAGGUCUUAAACAUACUAGACAAUUAAAAAAAAAGAAAAGAAACGAAGCAAAAAGAAAGAAAUCUAGGAAAACCGCCUUGAAUAUGUUUAUGAAACAUUUAGUUAACACUGAAUCUGAUCUUUCCCACAAUAAAUUUUGAACGUAACGUGUAAUUUCGCAGAAUCUAAUAUCAAUAUUAAUCCGUUUCGUGACUCACGCGUUUAUGUUUUACUUAAUUUCUUCUUGCUGUUUAAGGCGUCAAAAAGGUUUACACCUUAGGGUGGAAUUUACUAUUUAUAUGGGAAAACGGGACAUUCCGGUUGAAAAAUCAAAUGGUUUGUGUCAUUCCAUUUAGGAAGCUUCAGAGAAGAUUUAAGACGAAGAAAUGCCUUUGUACUCUUUUUAGUCUGUUCAGCCGAUUUGGAUAUAAUUUGUUGCCGCUCGUUCUCAAACUUUAUUCACCAUUCUCAGCGAGACCAUAAUUAUGCACCUUGUUUACCCCCUCCCCCACCCCCACCAUGUUUUUCAUUACCAUUGUUUCCAGUUUUUUUUCUCCUUUUAAUACAGUCGCCCCAAGAGAAAUCGAAGACAACUAUUAUGGCACAUUUUGGGGUGUAAACAAGAUACUUUAUGCUCUUGGUAAAAUUGUCAAUAGUUUUUAUAUCUAUGCACAAGAUUUCCACCCCGCGGCGGGUGGUUUGUGUGAACGAUAAGCAUCUCUCAGCUUCCACAAAUUGUUUAUUAGGUAUGCACAUCAGCGUACGGGGCGGGGGGCUGCAGCCCCCCCUGUUGGAAAAAAAAUAGUAUUAUUCGGGCAAAACUGAUGUACUGUUCGGGCAAAGACACGGUAAAAAAUAUUUUAUUAUUUAAUAUCUUGAUUUAUUUGUCUUCAUCCCGCAUCCCGCAAAAUGGUUUCCAUGACAUUUUACCUGUUCUAUAUAAAGUUACCUCCAUCCUGGUGUCGAAGUAAUCGUUCUUCACACUUCUUUUAGAGCCCAAAUAGGUACGUUUUAUCUCUCACUUCAUGGUUUUGUAUUUUAGAAAUGUUCAUCUCGAUUUACCGAAAAUAUUUGCACUACUUUGAACGCCCGUGCUCUCACGGCAUGGCGAAGAAAACUUGACGUCACGAAAGAAUCAUCUUGUGCACCUGUGACCGACAAGUUUCAUUCGGGCAAAUUAUGUUCAGCCCCCGCAACAAAAUUUUUACCGUACGCCGAUUGGUAUGGAAUACAACAGACGCGUUGAUCAGACAUAACAACUCAGGUUCGAUUGAUGAUCUUUCAUUAGCCUUGCCGCCUGAAGCGACAGACACACAAUUGAGAAGAAAUUCAUAAAUAAUGAACAUUUAAUAUUGCAUAUAAAUUAAAUUGAUGGUUUUUGAGAACACCUAUCGCUUUACCAAUUGCAAACACUCAGCGUUUCACAGUGUUUGUCAAGUUCCUCUAUUUCACGGAGUUCUCCAAGAGUCUCUUCACUAAUCGGGGAUGUUCUCUUUUUAAUUUUGCGCGUUGCCCCUCAUUCCAUUGUUUUCCUUGAUACCUAAGGCCACUUUUGCUCAAAUGGAAGGUAAGUUUUCUUUUACAUGUAUUUAUAUAGAAGGAUCGUGGGUGGGAGCGGAAUCAUGAAUCAUGAAUCAAUCAAAACAUGUCAGAAUCAUGUUAACCGACAACUUGGGAAUCAUGUAUCUUAAGGUGUUGUAAUUCGGCUCGGCAACCAUGAAUAACGAUACUCUGAGAAAAGCUCAACAAAAUACACGUCUGAAUUAAUUGCUUUUGAUCCAGGAAAUGCAGGAUAUGGCGUUUCUGAGAGUCCAAUUUUCAAUUUUUUUUCCGGGGAAGCAUGCCCCGGAGCUCCCCCUUAUCAUGCCUUUGGGGCUAACACUCACCUUGUUUCUUAAGUAACCUAGUGCUUAAUAUUGUAACGUUGUAUCUAAACUUUAUAACCAUGCUCCUAUCUCAUUAACUGAGUCUGUCUGGCAAUUUCGAUUAUGAUAUUAGCCGAUAUCUCAUUCCAACUAUUACAACAAAAAGCAUUGUAAAAAUUAUCGUAAGUCGUUUAACAUUAGAUUUCUCUUAGAUAAAAAAAGUAACACUAAUUCAGUCACAAGUGCAGAUCAAGACCUGUUUUCAACUUUAUGAAAGACCUUCAGUUUUUUGGAAGAAUAUAGUUUGCUUAGCUGCAGACGCCGAUUUUUGAUUGGAUGUUGUUAACCAAAUGGUUAAAUAAUAACUGAUUUAAAGAAGACUUGGUGAGCGUUUAUUGUUUAACGAUAUCCAAUCAAAAAGAGGCAAUCAGCGAGACGGUCUCUGGCUGGCACGUUAAAAGCAUCGUAAAAAUUAUCGUAAGUCGUUUAACAUUAGAUUUCUCUUAGAUAAAAAAGUAACAGUAAUUCAGUCACAAGUGCAGAUCAAGACCUGUUUUCAACUUUACGAAAGACCUUCAGAUUUUUGGAAGAAUAUAGCUUGCUUAGCAGACGCCGAUUUUCUUGGUCAAAAGGAGAAAUUUCGAAGUCGCGUGCGCAUACCCACGAAGGAUGAAAAGGAGAGGAGGUAUUGAGGUGACAGACCAACUCCCAAGAGGCACUUUUUCCAUGAACUGUCAGAGAACCUAGAAAGCGGACAACCAGGGCUUUCGCCGUAGACAUGCGUACCUCCUCUCUCCUUCCCCUUGUUCCCCUCUUGCACUCUAUGAAAACUAGCUAGGGAAAACUAACUGGCGUCUGCUACGCAGGCUUUUGUCAAUAAAAUAGAACACACUUUUAGGGGGUAAAAAUUCUAAAUACUUAUCGUGGACAUUCGCAGGUCGGGCCUUCAAUGCCUGUCUAGUAAGUGGAGCUCCAAGCGCGCGAAGCGCGCCUUAUUGGAGCCGAUAGGAGCCUGUCCGUCCGCACCACAGUGUCGGAGCUUGCAAGCUGAUAUUGCACAUCUAAUAUGUUGUUUUCAGUUUACAACCCUCACCGUAUUCGCGGGCUCAGGUGUCGACCCAUCAAGGUUACGUAUUUUUUAAGUUCACCGCUGACAUUUUACUAUUUUUCAACUGAUCGCAGGCUCAACUCCAGGUGGAUUUCUUUGCAAUGAUUACAAGUUUUUUCUUUGAAGUAUAUUAUGAAUUUACUAACGGGAGUUUCGCCCUUGGCCUUGGCUAAAUCUACAUAUUAAACAGUUAACUUCUCAAGCGAUCCACGCUUUCUGAGUGCGAAAGAAGUUUUAGUGUUCGCAACAUUCCAGCUGGAUUGCAAAAAAAGUUAAAUCCGAAAUUUAGAAGGACGUUUACAAGAGCCGAGGGUUUUGAUAAGGGAUAUUUUGAUAGAAUUUGGUUACGGAAUUUCUUCUCUGGUUAUGCUAGAUCGAGUUCCCUCAAUUUCGUCGUCAAGAAUAAGAUUGUGAACUAAAGAUAAUUUUACUUGUAGUUUUGAAUUGAAAAACGCAUGCCAUUGCCGUUCAAAAAAAAUAGCGCAGAAAAAAAAAAAUUCAACAACAUCAUAUAUAUUAAACAAUUAGCACAGAACUGAAACUUAAAGACCUCAUUAAAAUGCAAAGACGCUACUGCCCUUGGAAAUGAAAAUAGUACUAGUCACUCGGGGAUAGAAAUUCUGCAGACAAGUCAAGUUGGUUUGGUCAUCGUGAAAAAUUGUCUCUCCAGUCGCGACUCAGACUAUUAAACAGUGAUACAAUUGUAUAUCGAAGACCCUAGUACAAAGCGACGAUGCGGAGUAGUAAUACAGCCACGGAAUUAAAAAAGAGUCGUGACUCGAGAAAAGUAAACAGUGCAAACAAAUUGUCAUGGUCAUCGUGAGAAGAUUGUCUUUUGCUAGCUAGUUGUUUAUUUAACAGCUUAAGUACUGAAACAUCAGGAAAAGAUAUUUUGUUCAAGUGUCAAGGGCUGCAGACGGGCUGCAAGGUUUUCCAUUCCUUACCAAAACCACCCCACCCCUCCCUUAGUAGGCAAGCUUGUUACGCCAGCAGGUACCUAAAACAAACAACUCGCCGGCUGAUUUCUUCAACCAUGAUGGGUAAAUUGAGGUUGCAAAAAAGGACAUUUCUUAAUCCAGCCUACUUGGAGUUAAGUGCUCAAAUUUCGUGUCAACAUUCGUGUGGAUUAAUACAUUUUAUGAUCUUUUAUACAUUGUUUACAUAAAGAAAACUCAGAUGACAAAACCAGUAAAGUAAAACUGACUUAGCCUUUCACGCAGGCAUUCUUAGGGCUUCCUUAUGUGUUCCGAUCCUCAGUGCCCCUGGCCAAGUGUGAAAGCCGGCCAGAGCAGGUGUGAGGAAGCCCUAAGAACGUCUGCGUGGGAGAGUAGUGCGUUUUGACUUCCUUUUUCUUUUGCAAUUGGUUUUCUUCUGAUAAUAUUUAUCAAGAAAAACAUGUGAACUGUCUUCAGAAAGCAAUCAAAGUAUAAUGACGUUGGAUGUUAAAAGGCAAAGCAUAAAUUUCGAAUUCAGGAGCCAAGAAACACUUCGUCACAAUUCGAGUUAAAAUUAUAUUGGACGCAAUGCCCAGAAAAAAGCCUCUUCUUGUAACUACUGACCUGUUAGAAAUGCUCAUUGAUAAUUAUCGCUAUUUCUUAUUUAGUGAACAUGAUUUUAAAAACAUAUGUUUUUACCUUGGUGACAAUAUAUUGCCUCUUACAGUCAAAUGUGAUUGGCUUAUUAACGGAUGAAGGCAAGUAAGCACUUUUAAAAAUGAAUUCUUUUCGUGGGUGGACAGAAAAUCUUGUCCUCUCCAUAUUACUGUUGUCGACAUCUGAACAGUCGUAGACAGUUAAUUCAGUUCCAAUAACUACAAACUACAGUCCGCAUUUGAAAAGGAAAAAAAUCAAGUUGUGUCUCAUUUCGAGUUUACGUGACUGAAAUAUGUUUGGAGAUGUUGGUAGAGUAAAAUAAACAGUGUCAGAGAAAUACUAAAAUACUCAGUCUACGUGACAAACAUCUGGAAAUGUAUAAGUAGAAAACUGAUUCUAAAAUUAAGAUUAGCAAUUGCAUUUUAUAACGAAGAGGUAUAGCAGCGUUUUUUCAGAAGACACCAAAGUCACCCAUUUCCACAAAUUUCACCAACAUUCUCUUCAUUUAACAUGCGCAUUCUCAUCAUUUGCUUGUUUCUUCUCUUUCUGUUUUUAUUGAUGCCUUAUCCGCACCAUGCUCAACUGGAAGGUUAGUUUUUUCCUUGAUUAAAAUAAGUUUAAAAAAAUAAAACUAAAUUAAACCAAUCUAAGAAAUACGCAGACAUAACUCUUCCCGUUCUGAAUUAACUUUGUUUCAGUUUUCCAUGAAACACUUGUUGAUUACGUCGACAAUAUCUCUUUAUAGCCUUCAGGAAAGGAAGACAUACCACUGAUACCGCUUCCUAACAUUUUAUAAAAACAUUUGUUUCAAUGCGUCAUGCAAAUUCUGCCCUCAGUUUUCUUGACGAACAUUUAUUUGAAUAAAGCAUGGCGGAAUGAUGAGAAAGCAUAUUUUCAUGUUAGGGUUGUUUGCUUGUUAAUUGCUGUUGUUUGUUGUUGUUGUUGUUUUUCAGAGGUGUUACCUUUACCGACGGUUUAAAAUGCUUCGUAAAGCGUAAUUUCCUUAUAUUUUUCUUACUACCAUUUUUAAAUAUUAAGUUUUUCUUUUCUUGCUACAGAAUUCAACAACUUUUAUCACCCAGAAUUCCUUCAGGAUAUCUUCAUAAAAUACGAAUACCAUUAUUUAAACGCGACUAAAGUUGGAACAUUCACAGUACACAACAGCCUUGGCUGCGCCUUAAAAUGCCUCGGCGAUCCUUUCUGUUUGUCAGUCAACUUGGCUGCUUCCAAAGGAGCAGAUGGAAAGUUUUGGUGUGAGUUGUUAUCGUCUGAAAAAUACAGCAAUCCCAAGAUGUAUGAAGGAAAUAAGAGCUCGCAUCACUUAACCAUUAUGGUGAGACCUAUUUUCUAUUUUCAAUGAGCCAAAACAUUCAUUUAGGGUAUAGGUGACAAAUUAGAAAACAGUGAUAAUAAAAACGUACCUUCUGUUCAGACAUUUUGAAAGAGUACUUCCGGUUAGAAUGUUUUGAAAUUGGAAAAAAUCAAGGAGGACUAGGAAAAAUAUGGGUUGAGUUCAACAUUAUUUAUUAAAAAUUUUGAAUUUUACCAGGGAAAAUUGGGUUUCAGUUCACCGUAAUGGUGGUUACAUUAUAGUCAUUUUCGUCUGAGAUUCAUGCUAUCUAGCCAUCACUGUAAAUGAAGAGAUUUACGAAAGAAGGGAAAGAAAAAAACAACAAAAGAAAUAAAGAAAUGAAGAAACAAAAAGAACUCUAAUAAGAACGCUGAAAUCUGAGAAUAAAUAUGAUGAUGAUAUCUGUUUCGCAAACGGUUUUAACUGAAAAAGAAAAAUAAAGAAGAAAAAUAAAGGAAGAAAUGAUACUUUUGAAGAAUAAAAGAUAGCACUACUAACAUAACGCUCUUUUUUCUAUUUCAGAGUCCAUGUUUGUCUUCACCGUGUCAAAACGGAGGUAUUUGUACAGCAGACUUCAAAAAUCACGCCAAAAGUACCAUGAUUGAAUGUCCUUGCAAAGGAGGUUUUAGCGGAAAAUUUUACGAAAGAGGUAAUGACUGUGCUCUGAAAAUUAUAUGUGGAAAUGGUCAAUCCGUUUGAGAAACUUACCAUUUAUUAAUAAAUAUUCAGAAGAGGUGUGAAGACCUUUUGAAUCAAAACUGACACUUCACUUUCUCUACUAGUAAUGCUACUUAUCGAAUUGGUCGUGACACUCUGAGAACUUUAAUAGCGCGUGAGUUGGUUUAAUCAUAAAGCAUCAAUUUCUUGAUCACUCAAAAAAGUCGUUAAAGGGAGUGAAGUCGUGAAUAUUUCAAGCUGAAAAUAAUGCAGUGGAACCUCGAUCAUUAUAACGAACUAUUAUGCAACGAAGUUCUUUUUAAAUCGAACGAUAUCAUCUUGCCCCUGCAGUAUAAUAGUAAAAUAUAUGGAUUCGAAAAGAUCCUGUAUAUAGCGAAACCUCGUUAUAGCGAAUAUAGAUUUUGCAUGUCUCUUGGCCCUUCGUUAUGCAGAGGAUCCAUUGUACAUGUUUUUUUCUGACUUCACGUACCGCAAGGGAAGGAUUUUCCCUGUACAUUGAUCCCCUAUAAUAGAGAGGUUAAGCAUCUCACGUUCACCUCUAGCGGCAAACGCGAAUUUGUACCAAGUGACCGAGUUUCACCUUUACUUGUCAAUUAUUGUUCAUUAUUUCAACACGUAAAUUAGUAGUUUCACGCAAUUUUUUAUCCAUAAGAAUUGUUUUGAGCUGUUUUAUCUGCUCAUGUUGAGAAAUUCUGAGUACGGAAUCUGGCGUUUGUCGUUUGCCGUAAACAUGAUGCUUAAACCCUCUAAUGUUCUUUUAUACCCCCGAUUAUUUUCAUUCAUUUCUCAGAGCAGGUUGGCGUAUUCACCCGAAAGCGCUAGCAGUGUAAAAAUUUAUCCGAGUCUCAGUUACCUGGCAGGUGUGCUUAAAAAGGCGAAGAGUCGUGAAAGCCUUUUGGGUUACCUUUGGACCUCAAAUUUUAGUUUUCGUUUCCCCUUUUUUUAUAGAUCAUUUUCCUUUUUUUUUUUUCCGGCCGCUGCAAAGUCGUGCCAAGACGAGUAUGAUCGACUGCCACAGAAGUAAGUGACACAAUUACAACUGAAUGUAUAUCUAGCUAAAUUAUUUUUGAAAACUUAUAAUAAUUAACCACCAAAACAGACGCGCGACGUCUUCUAUCGACCAAAGUCACACGAACAUAAAAACUAAGAGUGCAACCAUUGCUAGUUUUCUCUCUUUGACUUUUUCUCCUUCCUUUCUCCUCUAUCUUUCAAUUUUUCGUUUCCUUUUUUCUUUAAGUUCGCUAGUGUGGUUUUCGGGCUCAUCGUACGCGCAAUUUUUUUUUAUUAUUUCCCUAAAGUGGCUGUUAAGUGCGUCCUCACUGUAAAGCCUCUUUUAUAUGGAGUAAAAUCCUCCCGGUUAGAAUUAAGGGUCACUCACCUAUCGUACAAAAGCUGGCGAACAGUUUACAUGACAAACAAAAAGUUAGAUCGGCUAAUAGGCCGCCUAGCCGGGUCACCUUUUUUCUAUUGUGAGGUCAACCUCCUAGCCGGACCAGUUUUUUUGUAAAUAAACCCUUUUUCUCGCCCAGCGGUUCAAAUCGGUCAGGGAGAGACAAUCAGAGCGUGCGCAAGCAUUGCUGGCUCGGGCAAAGAAGUCAAUUUUUUUCUGAAAUAAACGCUCGCUGGGAGCAGGGAGGGUGACCCGUUUCCAUUUUCGCCAACCCUCUAGCGAUCUGUUGCCAGAUUCACUAUUUUCGCCAUUGCUUACAUAUCUGGACGUAAGUGAUCCUCCUUAUUUUCACGUAAGCGGGGCCUCUCUCUGCCACUCUCUUCUCCCUUGACAAGAUAAAAGAAAACAGAUAUUUAAAAUUUUUAGUACUUCGUAUCUAGGCUGAAGCCUGUCGUCUGUAGCUUCCGGGGUGGCCAGUGAAAAAGGAGGGUAAAGGCUGAAAUAGGAAGGCGUGAGGGGAGGGAACUGGGAACCCUUCCUUUCUUACUUGGUCUCACUCGAGCACUCUUUCUCGUCCUUGCGCGUCGGAUUUACAUCUUCCCACAUUUCAUGCAAACAAUUUCUGCACUGAAGUCUCAUGGGAUAACAGAUCGUUGAGUUCUUUAUUUUAUGAUUAAAGCUCCUGUCAGGAAGGAGAGGAGAGUAAUUUGUUUUGUUGACACGUGAUUGUAAUCACGUGAUUAGGAGAAGUCUGGUCUUAAGACAAAAGACACUUUCCAUUUGUUAGAACUGGCCAGCCCGGACUGGCCCAAUCAUAAGGAGAAUUCCACCAUUAAUCAAGACUAUUCAGCCAGAUCAGUUAAUUCCUUAAUGAUACACGGAAGGGGCAGGCUUCGAGAAAAUACUAAAAUUUCAUUUUAAAAUUACCUCCUCGGUCUGUCCGCCGGCGAGUUCUGAUUUUUUGAAAGCCCUCUAAGACUGCGUACGUUGAAGCUCAAUCAUUUUCAUUUACGCUACAGAGAAUUCUACCUGAGGGGAGCUGGGAAAAUUUAAAAUGUGAUUCUCUUGUGAACAGGUUAAAAGAGACUCGGCUGGUCACUCUUCUCCUUGACUCAAAUCUAACUACCGUUCUCUGCCACAUGGGAGAUUUUGGAUGUGGAGAUGGAGGAUGGACACCAGUCAUGAAGAUGGACGGCAACAAGGUAAACAUUUGAGUGUGAUUUACCUCUAAUUUUGCAGGGCGAAAAAAUACGAAAAAUAAAAUAAUCUACAAGUAACUAAAAGUUUGUCUCUUUUUUAAUUCUCUGCGCAGAUAUUUUAAGGAGAGAUUAACUGCUCGGGGAAAAAAAGAACAGUACAGUAUGUUGUCCAGUAUCCGGCCGGUACCAGUAUCAAAAAAAAUAAUAAAAUAAAAAUGGGGCGCCCAUUUCAGUUCUCGGUAAACGAAGUAUUUCGAAUAAAAGCUGAACAUUUCAGCUUUAAGAUGAAAGUUUUGGCGCGUUACAGCUUGCGAAACAGUUGCAGAAGGAACUUCUUCGCACCCAUGCAAUGUUGGUAAAAUUGGCGUAUUCAACACCAGUUUCCGAUUUAUGAGGCAAUUAUAAAAUUUUCAGUAUACUUUCAAAAUGUCAGGCAAAUUAAAAUCGUUUCGUUUCUUUUCGCGAAGCGAAGGCCGUAAUGCCCGCCUAGCGAGUUUGAAUUUUGUUUUCGCUCGGUGCGCAGCGCGCGGAUCGUGCGUAGAUCAUAGCGUGCUGCAAUCUCAACAGUGGCCCAUAUAUAUUUCUAUGUAACCAUUUCUCUUUAGUGCAGGCAAUGUAAUGACAUCAUCAAGCAAGAAGCUUGAUCGAUGUUGUUUUGACUGUUUUUGCGGCCGUUUUGGAUUUCGAAAAAUGCUUUUGUCAAUUACUUUCGAGCUAGAGUAUUUUACAGAGAAAAAUGAAGCAAUUUGGAUUUUUACCUUCAAAUAACUGGAUAAAAGAACAUUUGCCAGUGCGUCUCAUUUCGCACGUUGGCUUAGUAGGUUGCAGGAUACAGUUUGUUUAUUUGUGGGAAGUGUGUUGCAGUUCGGCUUUUUACCGUCAAAUAUAAAACCUUGCUUUUCCCUUAAAUCUGUACUUUUGAAUUCAAGUCACACACAGAGGCAAACCAACAAUGAAUUGGUUGGCCGAUUGAUCAAUCAAAGAAUGGUUUCAACUCCGUUGAACUUGAGCGGAGAGAAUUAAGACCGAAAUAAUGCAAAAUGGCUUUAAAAAAUGCUUUUAAGCUAUUUUUCCUCAAAUGAAUCUAUUAAAGAAUGAUAAAUACUGCUCCAUCCACUUCAAACAGCUUUUAUGGCAGAGAAAAGCACUGUGGCAGCGUAGCGCACUUGGUCUAGGAUCUGACUUCACUUGGAGGAGGUUUGGAAGGGUGUGCUGAUUCAAAUCCAAGUGAAUAUUCCUUUCCCCAUUCUUGUAAAUAACGUACGUAACACAAAGUGGGACACAUUUAGAACCAAAAGAGUUUUAUGAUGCUAGCUUACUAAACGUUUGACCUGAGGAAGGGCUAACUGAUGGGAAAGACAAAUAAAGGACACUACUGCAUUAACAGUUUCACAAUAUUUUUAGCACUAUUCUUACCAAAUGUGCAGACGAAAUAAUAAUAGACUAUGCUUUCUUUGAAUCAUACUAUUUCUGUCAACGAGAAAUUAUGUUUUAUAUUAUCAAUUCUUUCACAGCGAACUUUUCACUACGACUCACGUUACUGGACAAACAAAGAAACCAUUACCCCUGACGGAGGGAAGACUGGUUUCGAUUUACAGGAGACCAAGCUUCCCUCCUACUGGAACACAUCCUUCUCCAAGAUCUGCCUCGGUAUGAGGAUUAACAACCAGUCCAGGUUUAUUGUAAUCAAAAGGACCGCGAGUUCUCUGCAUUCAUUGAUCGCUGAUGGGAAAUACCGCAACACCUCACUGGGUCGUGACACCUGGAAGUCGCUGAUUGGUUCUGAGGCCUCCAUGCAGUUCAACUGUAACAGGGAAGGAUUUAAUGCCAAGAGUGACAAGCAGUACAGUCAGGGUAGAGACCAGGCGAAAGCAAGAAUUGGAAUCCUCGGCAACAAUGAAAAUGAUUGCGGUCAGUGUGACUCCAGAAUCGGGUUUGGCACUGGAGGAGUUCACGACGACUCCAACACAUGUGGAAACGAGGCUAAAAUUACUCCACUCGAUAAUGGCUAUAAACAUAUUAAAGCAAUGGGCUAUAUUUUGGUGCAGUGA